AUGCAGUCCUCCUUGAACAACUGGCUGAAGAAGCCGAGCCUCGAUAAACAGCCUGCGCCGCCCUCAAAUGCUCCUCCAAUGGCAUCAUCUAAGACGAACCGGCCACCGCCUCCCCCAAAGUCUGUCUCUGCGCCGACGCGCGUUCCCUCUAAUCCGACCCCUACGCCCUCAGCCAUGGAGAACUGGAACGACAUACCCGACGACUUCCUCCAAGCUCCCUCAAGACCGCGGUCAAAGAAAAGCCCUCGUCCUUCUCGAACAGUCACGCCUGCUAUCUCGCGCAUACCCUCGCCCAUCUCCCUGUCCACUCAACAACCAGCCAUCCCGAAGCUCUUCGACCUACGCCCUCUACCGCCGAACGUCCAACUUGUACCCCUGACCGAAGACUUGCUACCGGCAUUCAAGCGCCUGAAUACCCUCACUCUACCCAUUUCCUACCCAGAGACCUUUUACAAGGAAACAAUGACGGAGCCACACCAUGGCAUUACCCUCGUAGCCGUGUGGUACUCGUCGCCCACGAAUACCGACUCAGCAUCAUCCACAGAGAAACCACAUCUCGUUGGUGCCGUCCGAUGUCGCAUCCUUCCUUCCUCGAACCUAUACAUCUCCACUAUUGGCGUCCUGGCUCCCUACCGCUCGCACGGCAUCGCCAUGCAUCUUCUACAAACGAUAGUAAAGAAAGCCGUUGAGCUUCACAGUGUACGCUGUGUCACAGCACAUGUGUGGGAGGCCAAUGACGAAGGCAUGGAAUGGUACAAAAAGCGCAACUUUGAGAUACUUGAGAGAGAAGAGGGAUACUACAGGAAGCUGAGGCCACAGGGCGCCUUCCUUACGUACAUCAUUACAUGCAUUGGAGGUCGUUGCACCGACAACAUCAGCCGACCUACAUCGGGUGUCCCACAGCCAACGACAAGCAAAGUCACAAUAACAACAACCAAGAAGCCCGAGCCGACCACGUCAAGCAAGAAGCCCGAGCCAACGCCUACAACCACUUCAAAGAAGCCCGAACCACCCAAGUCAAGUACGAAGCCAUCAACUACUACGACCAAGAAGCCAGAGCCAACUCCGACAAAGACUACUAUCAAAACUACUACAAAGUCUACCGAGAAGCCCACAAAGACCACCACUGAGGAGACUGGCCCGAGCAGCACGAGAUGCCCUGUGCCUGCUUACUACAAGUGCGGAGGCUGGGAUUACACCAAGCCUUGGGACGGCUGCACGGUUUGCGAGAAGGGUUCGACAUGCGUGGAACAGAACGAAUGGUAUUUCCAGUGCGUGCCAGACAACGCCAUUGUGGCGGAGUAA